AUAAUUCGUUAAAGUCGUUUAGGGUUUGUUCUUGUAAUGGCCGCCUCAGUCAAAAUCGCGCCAACGUUGAAUGAUUCAUUGCAUUGAUAUUCACAUUCGCGUUCUCGGUCACGUAACUGAGCUUCAGAUCCUUCCAAUUCCGCUACGUUGCUUUGACCUCCGCUACCAAACUAGCAUGUUCUCCUGUGCCUACCCUUCAGAUAUUUGAUGCUUGGAAACAUAGGGAGAGUUGCCCAUUCUAUUCUUCGAAUCCAUAGAAGCAGAUAUCUGGAAGUGAGUAGAAAUGGGGCCUUUGCCUCAGUUGGAACAAAUUCUAACCAAUGCAGGAUGUACGUGCAAUAUAAGUUUUCCGGUGAAGGAUUUAAUUCAUUCUUGUGGCGGCAGACAAGAGAAAACUUUUGCAAAGGACACUCUUUUAGAAACUUUUCUGUUAUUUCAGGAAGUAAUUUAGCAGCAUAUAAUUCUCAAAUAGCCUGGAAAUUGCUGCACAAAAAAAUUUCUUCCAAUGGUUAUGGUGGAUUUACCUCCAUAACUAUGAUUGCUCAAGCAGUAAGUCUGGCUUUAGGUCGUUCUUAUCUGCUGAUUCCUAGUUUUUUUGCAUUUGCGUAUGGAAAGCUAGCAUUGGCUCAGAAAAAUGGGGCAUGUACUGAAUGUUACCCAUCACAGAAUGCUUUGUAUCUGCAUGCACAAGAUGGAUACAGUUACAUGUUUGCAUUUGUAUUCAUUGUAGUAGAAGGCCUUGUCUUGUUAGCAAGAGCUAUGUAUCUGGCCAUAUUAUUCUCUCCAAGCAUAUUGAUGGCACCAUUUGCAGAUUACUUUGGGCCAGAGUUCAGGAAAAUGUGGCUUUGGGUCAUUCAUCUCACGCUGGAAAAAGCUGGUCCAGCAUUCAUAAAAUGGGGUCAGUGGGCUGCUACACGACCUGAUCUGUUUCCUCGAGAUCUAUGCACCCAGCUUGCUGAACUUCAUACCAAAGCACCACAGCAUAGUUUUAGCUACACAAAGAAAUCUAUAGAAAGAGCAUUUGGUCGGAAAAUUUCUGAAAUUUUUGAAGAUUUUGAAGAAGUACCUGUUGCAUCUGGAAGUAUUGCCCAAGUGCAUCGCGCUUCUUUAAAAUAUCGUUACCCUGGUCAGCUAGCAAAGCCCCAAGUAGUUGCAGUGAAGGUUAGACAUCCUGGUGUGGGAGAAUCUAUCAGAAGGGAUUUUGCUAUUAUCAAUUUGGUGGCAAAAUCUUCAAAGUUCAUCCAUGCCCUUAAUUGGUUAAGGUUGGAUGAAAGUGUUCAGCAGUUUGCAGUUUUCAUGAUGUCUCAAGUUGACCUUGCAAGAGAAGCUGCUCAUUUGAGCCGCUUUAUUUACAAUUUCCGUCGUUGGAGGGAUGUAUCUUUUCCUAAGCCUGUCUAUCCACUUGUGCAUCCUGCAGUUUUGGUGGAAACAUAUGAAAAUGGAGAGUGUGUCUCACAUUAUGUUGAUGAGCUUCAUGGACAUGAAGGGAUUAAAAGUGCUCUUGCUCAUAUUGGUACUAAUGCACUUUUAAAGAUGCUCCUGGUGGACAACUUCAUCCAUGCAGACAUGCAUCCUGGAAAUAUCCUUGUUCGGAGCAAGCCUCAGAGACGGCUCUUCAAAUCAAAGCCUCAUGUAAUAUUCCUUGAUGUAGGCAUGACUGCUGAACUCUCUGGGAGUGAUCGGGUAAAUUUGUUGGAAAUUUUCAAAGCUGUUGCCUGCCGAGAUGGUCGAACUGCUGCAGAGUGCACGCUCAAGUUAUCAAAGCAACAGAACUGUCCAAAUCCAAAGGCUUUUGUUGAGGAAGUGGAAGAGUCGUUUACAUUUUGGGGCACUCCAGAAGGUGACCUGGUCCAUCCUGCAGAGUGCAUAGAGCAAUUACUUGAGAAAGUUAGGCGCCAUAAAGUCAAUAUUGAUGGCAACGUUUGUACUGUCAUGGUGACCACCUUGGUUCUUGAGGGUUGGCAGCGCAAGCUUGAUCCUGGAUACGACGUGAUGCAUACGCUGCAGACAUUGCUACUUAAAGAUGAUUGGGCAAAGUCUCUUUCUUACACAAUUGACGGGCUCAUGGCCCCUUGAGAGAAGCUUUCCUUAUUGUUGAGGCUCUUAACAAUUUUGACCCUAACCCGAAACAGGACAUGUACUACAAAGGGCGCUCUCAGAUUUGCCCCUUUUUUUUUCGGCCUCUUUUUUGAGAAGCUCCCCUUUAUUUUUUCGGUUAAUUUCCAGCAGUUAUUACUGUGUGCCGGAGCGCCACAGUUCACAGGCAAAGGCUAAUAAAACGGUCAACAUUUGCGCCGCUUAUACUGUUAUACUCACAAGUUUGAUAAUGAUAAUCUCAGCUUGUGUUAAUACAAGUCUCUGAUAAUGUCGGUCAUAUGGUUAACUGAUACACACUGUGGUAAACCACAGUCAAAAUGUUUAUUUUACCUUAUGAUUACUAUUGCUGGUAAUAGAAAGGAAAAACACGGUGAGGAUCUUCAAAGGGGUUACAACUUUGCGAAGCGAGGUGAUUAUCUUGUAUUCUUGUAAGAAUGAAGAUUAACUUAAAUUUCAAGAAAUCUUAUUCG